UAAUUGUUUUUAACGACCAGUUCAACUAGCUUGACACAAAACGUAGUGGAGCACGACGUAUCGGGUUUUCUUUCGCCCUGCUCACCUUUUUCCGCCAUGAGCACUGACUGACACAUUUGCGAGCCGGUUACGUGAAAGAUGCGAGGCAGCAUGUCGUUAUCGUGGCAACCACAAGAAGACGGACUCCGGCAAAUCCUGCAGCUUCUGAAGGAAUCGCAGUCUCCGGACACGGCAACCCAGCGUGCUGUACAACAGAAACUUGAGGAGUUGAACAAGUACCCCGACUUCAACAACUACCUCAUAUUUGUGCUCACAAAGCUGAAAUCUGAAGAUGAGCCGACGCGGUCACUGAGCGGCCUGAUCUUGAAGAAUAACGUGAAGGCACACUUUGACAAGUUUCCCCGGGAGGUGGGUGACUUCAUCAAGGCGGAAUGCCUGGAGAGCGUGGGCGAUCACUCGCCCCUGAUCCGUGCCACGGUGGGCAUCCUCAUCACCACCAUCGCCUCCAAGGGCGAGCUCACCCAGUGGCCCGAGCUGCUGCCCCGUCUCUGCCAGCUCCUCGACUCCGAGGACUACAAUGUCUGCGAGGGUUCCUUCGGAGCCUUGCAGAAGAUCUGCGAGGACUCGGCUGAGAUGCUGGACACGGAUGCACUAAACCGGCCCCUCAAUGUGCUGGUGCCCAAGUUCCUCCAGUUCUUCCGGCACAGCAGCCCCCGAAUUCGGUCGCACGCUAUCGCCUGCAUCAACCAGUUCAUCGUCAACCGCACACAGGCCCUGAUGCUCCACAUUGACUCGUUCAUCGAGAACCUGUUUCACUUGGCCUCGGACGAAGACUCCGAGGUGCGCAAGAACGUGUGCCGUGCUCUAGUCAUGCUUCUGGAGGUUCGCAUGGACCGCCUUAUCCCCCACAUACACAACAUCAUCGAGUACAUGCUGAUGCGCACACAAGACUCAGACGAAGGUGUUGCGCUGGAGGCUUGCGAGUUUUGGCUCUCACUGGCGGAGCAGCCCAUCUGUCGAGAGGUACUGGCACCGCACCUGUCCCGCCUUGUCCCCAUCCUCGUCCGGGGCAUGAAGUACUCGGAGAUUGACAUCAUCCUGCUCAAGGGAGAUGUUGAAGAGGACGAGAUGAUUCCCGAUCGGGAGGAGGACAUCCGACCCAGGUUUCACAAGUCCAAAACGCACAGUCAAAAGCACAUGGACGACAACAUCGACGAGGACUCCGUGUCGGACGAUGGCCUCGACGAUGACAACACACUGUCUGAUUGGAACCUGAGGAAGUGCUCGGCGGCGGCGCUGGACGUGCUGGCCAACGUGUUCCACGAGGAGCUUCUGGGGGUGCUGCUGCCCAUCCUGAAGGAGACGCUGUUCCACCAGGGCUGGGAGAUCAAGGAGUCGGCCAUCCUGGCCCUGGGCGCCAUCGCCGAGGGCUGCAUGGGGGGCAUGGUGCCCCACCUACCCGAGCUGAUCCCCUACCUCAUCGGCUGCCUCGGCGACAAAAAGGCCCUGGUGCGCUCCAUCACCUGCUGGACGCUGAGCCGCUACUCCCACUGGGUGGUCAGCCAGCCGCACGACUGCUACCUGCAGCCACUCAUGACCGAGCUGCUGAAGCGGGUGCUGGACGCCAACAAGCGGGUGCAAGAGGCGGCCUGCAGCGCGUUUGCCACCUUGGAAGAAGAAGCCUGCACCGAACUGGUCCCCUACCUGAGUUUCAUACUGGAGACGCUUGUCUUCGCCUUCAGCAAAUACCAGCACAAGAACCUUCUAAUACUGUACGAUGCCAUAGGAACCCUGGCAGAUUCUGUAGGCCAUCACCUCAACAAACCUGAAUACAUCAACCUCCUGAUGCCACCAUUAAUCGAGAAGUGGAAUGUCCUAAAGGACGAUGACAAGGACCUGUUUCCUCUACUAGAGUGUCUGUCUAGCGUGGCUACUGCCCUCCAGUCCGGGUUCCUGCCCUACUGCGAACCCGUGUUCAGGAGGUGCGUUUCCCUGGUGGAGCAGACACUAAAUCAAAACAUGGCCAAUGCAGCCCACCCUGACCAAUUCGAGGCCCCGGACAAGGACUUUGUCAUUGUGGCACUAGAUCUGCUAAGCGGACUGGCUGAAGGCCUGGAUGGUCACAUGGAGAGUCUUGUCAUGUCCUCCAACAUCAUGCAGCUUCUUUACCAGUGCAUGCAGGACUUGAUGCCCGAAGUACGGCAAAGUUCAUUCGCACUGCUUGGCGACCUCACCAAGGCUUGCUUCCAGCAUGUGAAUCCCUGUAUCUCUGACUUUCUUCCCAUUCUUGGUCAGAACCUGAACCCAGAGAUUAUAUCUGUGUGCAAUAAUGCAACGUGGGCCAUCGGCGAGAUCUCUGUCAAACUUGGCAGAGACAUGAAGCCUUACAUCCCGAUGGUGCUCACUCAGUUGGUGACCAUCAUCAACCGCCCCAACACGCCGAAAACCUUGCUGGAGAACACCGCCAUAACGAUUGGGCGCCUUGGUUACGUUUGCCCCGAGGAAGUGGCACCCAUGUUACAGCAGUUUAUACGCCCGUGGUGUUCGUCGCUGCGGAACAUUAGGGACAAUGAAGAGAAGGACUCUGCCUUCCGCGGCAUCUGCAGCAUGAUCAGUGUAAACCCGGGUGGAGUCGUGCACGACUUCAUUUUCUUCUGCGACGCCGUCGCAUCCUGGGUCAACCCCAAGGCAGACCUGAAGCAAACGUUCCAUGAGAUACUCCACGGUUUCAAGAACCAGGUUGGUAGCGAGAACUGGCAGCGUUUCUCUGAACAGUUUCCACCUGCCCUCAAGGAGAGGCUCACAACCAAUUAUGGUGUCUGAGAAAGGGUGGCCUCCGAGGGAAGAAUUGGGAGGUGUCUCGUGCGAAGAAGACUCUGGAGUGGAGAAAGUGCACACGCUACGGGUGUUUUUUCUCUACGCAGCCAUUGGGUAGCAAGAAGAAACCGACGUGCCCCCCUCCAAGCCGCUGCCACCGUCGUCGUGCCGGGCCCAUACCGCUACCGCCGCCUCCGUGUCGCGCCGCCAGCCAUCGCGAAAAGAAGAACCGGGGAGGGGGGGUGUCCGCGUUGUUAGCCAGGGGUCCGAAAGCAAAUGAGCGACAGUUAAAAACAUCGCGUUCUCGUCUCGUGUGAUGGACAUGUAAAAACCGCGUUCGCGUUAUCGUCUCGUGUGAUGGACAUGGUAAUCUCGCGUGCCUCCAAGAAGCGACUGGUCUUGGCCAAAGAGAAGCUUUCUCCGAGUUUGUUUGCGUCAGAUAGGAAUAACUUCGCGUCGCCGUAUCUUUGUUAGGUCAUGGACGGGUUAAAAAAAAAAGAUGGAAUGCGCCUUGUGUGUGCAGCAAACCUGCGAGACAGAAAGGAAAUCCGGAUGUUGUGUGGACGGCAGCGGUACAUGAUCACCUCGGGAGAGAAAAAAAGGUUCUCUAUUCUGGCAGCAGCUCUCUUCUGCAAAGGGAAACGACCCGAGCAAAGGACAGAAGUGGCGCCACUGUGUGUGGAUAGGAGGAACUGUUUUGCCAUCGGAAACAAUCCCUCGCUGCUGACCUGUGUGAUGGGCCCUUUGUGAGAAUGUGCCGAACUUGCAUGCCGCAACGUCAUCAACGUAUCCGCAGAAAGCGCAUGCCAAAUGUUUCUAGAGCCAAUGAAUGAAGCGAGACUUUCUUUUUUUUUUUUUCUCCCCCUCUUUCCCUUGGCCCUCAGGUGUCGUUUACAAGCAUUCUCUCUAGGUCGUUUUUUUUCUAUGUAAGUCUACGGUUGCUGGCAGGUUUGCAGUGACCGCCACUGUCACAUGUUGUUGCACGUUUUUUCCGGGGCAAGUCAGUAAUUUACCUCGCGGAUGCAAUCGAUAGUCUACGCGUUGUUAGGUCACCGUCAUGAACGCGCGCUGAGAGUUAGGUGUGUUUUUGUUCUUUUCCGCCCCUUAGUGAGACUUUCUUUUCCCCUGUGACCGCUACAUCGUGGCUCAUUUAUUUUAUUGUUGUCGAGCCAUGAGAAAACUUACUCGCUUCGCGGUCCUUUAUCGUGACAUUGGGGUUAUCACCUACCAGUGUGCUAACUUUUUUGCUGUGUAGUUGUAACAAAGCUUUUUGGAUUGAGCGACAGUCUGUUUUACAGCACAAUGCUAGGAUGUAUUUUCAUUUUUUGCCAAAGGCAGCUUUCCGUAUCUUUUUUUUCUUUGUUGUACUUAAGGAGACUAUUUUUACUGUUUUUGUACAGAUUUAAAGAGAGACUGUCAGCUUGUUUUUUAGUGUCAUAAAAAGAUUAACGAAGUUCCUCUGAUUACUAUCUCUUUCUCUUAAUAUUAUCUUACUCGUGAGCAGGAACGCGACAAGUUUCAACGCGUGUGUCGGGGUCCUCAGGUUACACUGUUUUUUGCUCGUCAGUCAGUAUAGCAACUUUAGGAGAGUGAAACAAAUUGGUCAUUUUGUUUUAGCUUUAUUGUUAGGUUAAUUUUUUUUUACUUAUACAAUUUUUCUCAAAGGAUCUGUGAUGAUGUUACAAAUACUAGAGUGCAAGAUGCAUCGUUGUUGUACAGGAAGUAUUUCUUCAUGUAUCGCUUUUUUCAUCGUUUAUUUUUCACGGACGACACACAUAACAUGGGUGGGGAUGGGUGGGAAUCGCGUGAAUGUGUAAUAGCGAGUGCGCGUGUGACUGCGUGUGAUUUUUUUUUCCUCCUUCGCGUUUUUAACUUUUUUUUUCCAUCGCCGUCGUCGACACGUCACACACACACACACAACUUCUUGUCAUUCCUCGUGACGAAAAGCUCGUUUAGAAAUCCGGUUUUUUGGGCGCGUUUAGAAAAAGCUUCAAACGGAACAGGACAAAAUCGCGUUUAUCGAAAUGGGAUUGGUUUGUCGCUCGCGGCUCAGUGGAAGGCACGAAUCGCGUUGGCCAGCGCCCUUGGUCGCCUGUUUUUGUUUUUUCUUGUUUUUCUCGAUGUGAUGACCCAGCCUGUCUCGGGAGUCCCAACAGUCCCUGCUGCAUCUUUAGUUGCGCCCAGGAAUCUGAAGCGGCACGGCUUCGCCUUUAUGCUAAGUCCGUGCUGCAUCUCUGGCCGCGGGCAAUUUGUUUGCUGUUUCGUUCCUAAAUUUUGCAGAGUUAGCCGUGCAGCUAUCCUUGUCACGCUAUGCUCAAUUGAUUUCGGGCAGGACUGUGGCUAGCCAUUGCUGUCGGUAGCAAGCACCCAACUUUGUGUAUUGCUGGGCUGGUCCCUGCUUCUUGUUGUUUUCUUCCAUCUGCGUUGAAUUGUUUACUUCGUUACGUUGCCCUUCUCCCCACGUGGCUUGUCUCAUAGAUAUUCCCAUGAUGUGCUUGCCACGUGCGUUUAAUGGGCUGUCAGCUGGCAUUCCUCUGCACUUGUUGCACUUUUUCGCUGGAAUAUGUCAGCAGCUGUGGUCAUGUGAAGUGAAAAUCGUGAAAAAAAGAAAGGUGAUUUCUUCCCCUUUCCCCCAGUAAUGUCACACCUUCCCCACUCUCUCCCUUGAAGGUGGGAGAUUUUUUUGAAGCCUUCGCAGUCAUGCUCGGAAGGCAGUCUCGUUUCUGUUAACUGUGUCGCCACGCGUACCUACCUUUGUUCUGAAAGGGCACCGUCUCAAUGCUCGUCAUAGUGAUCCAGUCUUUGAUGGGAGCAGUUUUCUGGUUGUUGGUGUGGCGUGAUGCUUAUCUGUAUUUUAUCUUCUCCUCCCCUUUGCCAUUGGUGUGUAGAGAGAGAUUUCUUGUGAUGGUGAUGACAGUGGUGAUAGUGUGUGGUGGAGAACGCUUGCCAGUUUUUCAGUUUCUCACUCCGUGCCAUGACAAGGUUUCUCUUUUUCUCAACAAAGUUGAACCUAACCUUGCAGAUUUAUUUUGCGUGUUUUUUUGUGUGUGGAGGAAAGUUGGAGAAGAUGGUUUAUGAUUAUUAUAGUCAUUCUGUGUGCAAAGAAGCACUAAUUAUUCCUGACCACUGUUAUUCAGCAGCAGAAAGUGAUAGUUAGAUGGGCAAAAUGGCACUGCCUCCUGUUAUUCGAUGGUGAUAAAACAAAAAGAAUAGCAACAAUUACUUCCUGCUUUUUCUCUGUGUAAUGUGCAUGAAUUUGUGUGUACCUUGGUUUUUAUUCACUUCAGAACAUUCACCUGAAAAAAAAAAAUGCAUGCAGUUGUUUCAAACA